AUGGUUGGUUAUGAUCAAUCGAAUAAAUUUGAUAAUGAUAUUCCAAUAGUCAUAUUACUACUCGGUGGCAAUUUGACAACACUAAGCGCACUAUGUGGGUACUUGAAACGAGACACACCGAUCGUUGUUGUUAAAGGCACCGGCGGACUCGCUGACUUCAUAGCUGGUAUUCCUGAAUGCUCAGGCACAGUUGAACAAUUAACACCGGAAGAACUCAAGAUGUUUUGUGCAAGAAUAUUGAAUAACGAUGCCUUACCUCUCGAUGAGACUAAACUCCCUAGUAUUGGUAUUAAUAUGAAGUCUUCGGAAUUUGUGGAAGCAAUAUACUUGGUCUAUUACAAGCAAUAUGUAGAAGACUACAUUACGGCACAAGAAAAACGAGAUAACCACGGAUUAAUCAUAUCCUUGUCUGAUCGGAAAUGCAACGAAUCAUGUGAGAGCAAUGUUGAAAAAGAAUGUGCUGAAAUGUACUGGAAAUCUAAGGUAUUCAACAAAGGCAUUCAGAUAUCAACCGACCUAGCUUUACGACGUUUGGAGCUAAAAAUCAACAAAGGCAACGAUCGUCAAGUAGAAACUCAGAACAAGAUUCAAGAGGCGCAAUAUGAGAUGCAUCAUAGAUUCAGGCAACUCUUCGUAUCGCAGGGUCUUCCCACUUUACAAAGGAUAAUUCCCAAUAUUCCAGUCGGUGCUCGAUGGGAACAGAAUGGUACGACUGUUGCUGGAGGCUGUAAAGAAGGCAGUGCGACCAAUCAACUCAACAAUCCUCGAGGUCUCUUCGUUGAUGAUGAUCAAAUGGUGGUCAUCGCUGACGGGUACAAUCAUCGUAUCAUCCAAUGGAAGAUGGAUGAUAAAAAUGGACAAGUGAUAGCUGGUGGCAAUGGUCAAGGAAAUCGAUUGGAUCAAUUGAAAUAUCUAACCGAUGUGCUGAUCGACAAAGAGACGGAUAGUCUCAUUAUUUGUAAUUGGGGGAAUGGACGAGUGAUACGAUGGUCUCGUCGUAGUGGCACAACUCAAGGAGAAAUCCUCAUCAACAACAUCAAGUGUUGCGGAUUAGCUAUGGAUGAUCAGAGAUAUCUCUACGUCUCUGACACCAACAAAAAUGAAGUAAGACAAUAUCGAAUAGGAGACAAGAAUGAAACUAUUGUGGCUGGUGGCAAUGGCAAAGGUGCUGGUCUCAAUCAACUCAACUGGCCGACCUACAUCUUUGUCGAUCAACAACAGACUGUGUACGUGUCAGACGAGUACAAUCAUCGUGUAAUGAAAUGGAAUAAAGGUGCAAAAGAAGGCAUUAUCGCCGCCGCCGGUCAAGGCAGAGGGAAUGCUCUGACACAGUUGUCGUAUCCUCAAGGACUGUUCGUCGAUACAUUGGGUACCAUCUAUGUGGCAGACUCGUCGAAUCAGCGAGUGAUGCGUUGGCCUAAAGGAGCGAAACAGGGCACUGUCAUUGUAGGUGGAAAUGGUGAGGGAGAGGGAGCAAAUCAGUUCAUGGGUCCCUAUGGUUUGUCCUUCGAUCGACAUGGCAAUCUCUAUGUCGCCGAUCUGGGGAAUAGUCGUGUUCAACGCUUUUCAAUCAAAUAGACUCAAAACGAUGGAUUUUUUUUUCUAUUCUUUCUCUUGAAUAAAUCACGUUGGAUUUGAUGAAAUGAAUGUCUAUUCUAUUCGCGCGCGCGCGAUCAGGAACCAUCCUGGUGGAGCCGUAGCGAGCGUAACGCUCAUGCACGCACGAGACAAACUCAAAUCAUUCAUAUCCCUCCCACUCGAGAAAUAUGUCAAUGAAUAUGGGUAAGCCUGGUCGUGUGCCACGAACACCAAGACGAUUCCUGGCCGGGCUUUUAGGGACUACCCGGAAGUCCUUCAUAAAAGACGAAACCCUAACCCUCAACGGACAGAACUCAGCCUCCUCAAUCUGCCUCUCACUUAUUCUCAUCUCAAAAAAAGAAAAAAAAAUACUCACCAUGUUUGACGUUGAAUGAUGACGUUGUUGAUGAUGAUGACCCGAUGAUAUUGAGUACUAAAAAGAAAAGAAAAAAAAUUUAACUAAUGCUAUGUGAUGGAAAAGAACGAGAUAACUUACUCCACCUGUUAUCUUUUUCUUCACUGUCCAAUGCCUAAAAUGGAAAAAAAACAAUACAUAAAAAAGAUCAUAGGAGAACUUACCACCCUCCAUAUGAUCCAAAAGAAUAAGUAAAAAGAAAAAAAAAAGAAAAAACUGAUACCUACAUUUUCUUUUAUUGUUCGAUAUUGAAUUGAAUAAAUUGGUAUCGUCGAAGCCAACCUAAAAUAUAAAACAAAAUAAUUAUUAUUUGACUCAGGGUGUGGGUGUGGGUGUGGGUGUGGGUGUGGGUGUGGGUGUGGGUGUGGC